AUGGCCGUCAAUCUGCGCACCAAGAUGCCCAAGGACAUGACACUUGUUGUGAGUGAUGUAUCUCAGGAUGCGAUAUCCAGAUUUCAAGAGCAGAUGAAAGACGUGGGGCCGGUGGUCGUCGCGGCGAACGGGCGCGAGGCCAUUCAGCAGGCUAACACGAUCAUCACGGUCCUGCCUAAUGACUCAGCCUGCGACAGUGUCUAUCUCGAUUCAUCAACAGGGAUCCUCGCUGGCGUCAAGCAAGCAGAUCCUUCCCAGGCCAAGAUCGCCAUGGAGUGCGGCACGAUGAGCCUCGAAAUCAUCAACAAGGUCCGGGACGCCUCGUCACAAUGCGGACUCACAUUCGUCGACAGCCCCAUCUCGGGUGGACCGCUAGGCGCCAGAGCGGGCACACUUACCAUCAUGGUCGGAUGCGACGAGACCGUCUUCCCAAAGAUCAAGCCACUGCUCGAGCACAUGGGCACUAGCGUGCGGCGGUGCGGCGACGUGGGGGCAGGUACCGCCUUCAAGACCAUCAAUAACUAUAUGUCCAUCAACAACGUCCUGAUCGCCAGCGAAGCUCUGAACAUCGGCGCCAAACUGGGCCUCAACAUGGAAGACCUGAUCGACACUGUCAACUCCAGCAGCGGCAUGAGCUGGAUCACCCUCAAGAACAACCCGGUGCCCGGCAUCACGCCCGGCGGCGCCGCGAGCAAUGGAUACAACGGCGGUUUCCGGAUAGAGCUGGGCCAGAAGGAUUUGACGUUGGGCGUGCAACUGGCCAAGAUGGUUGGCGCGAGACCCGUGCUUGCAAUCGAGACGCUGAAGACGUUGGACGAGGUUGCGAGUGACCCUAGAUAUGCUGGCAAGGACUUGCGCGUUGUGUAUAAGUGGCUGAACGAGCAGUAA